UCAGCUCAGGCCCCGCCCACUACUUCCCUGUUGCUGCCCGAAGUGUCACUUCGGCUUGUUCCGGGUUAAUUGCGCUCUCUUUGGCCGGCGUCUCGUUUUAUUUAUUUAUUUUUUGCUUCUUCCUAUUUUGCAAUGUCUCUGUUAUUAGAGAAUCAGUUCUUGGAGCUGCCUAAUGCCAAUGAAAUCGCUACAAAGUCGUUUCUGGAGUCGGUUUCCCAUCUUCCGUCUUUCUUCGACUGUCUCGGUUCCAAAGUUUUUGCUCCCAUCAAAUCCGACAUAAACGGAAACAUCACAAAAAUCAGAGCUGUAUAUGACUCCGAUCCAGUGAAGUACGAGACGCUUCAGAAGAUCCUGCAAGCUGAGAAGGACAUGUACGGGUCCGAAUGGCCGAAAGCAGGGGCCACGUUAGCGCUCAUGUGGUUAAAAAGAGGCCUGCGCUUCAUUCAGAUCCUGCUGCAGAGUUUGGCGGAUGGCGAGCGAGAUGAGAACAAUCCCAACUACAUCCGUGUCAAUAUCACUAAAGCCUACGAACAAGCGCUGAAGAGAUACCAUGGCUGGAUAGUGCAGAAGAUUUUUAAGGCUGCACUUCUGGCUGCGCCGUACAGGUCGGACUUCCUGAAGUCUCUGUCUAAAGGUCAGGCGGUGGUGGAGGAAGACUGCCUGGCGAACAUUCGGCAGUUCUUGGUGAACUUUUCCACCACUGUGGACGCCAUUUAUGACAUGUACACCGUGAUGAAUGCUGAGCUGGACUACACGGUGUGAGGGGUCGUGUCCCGGUGCCUUUCUCAGGUCAGACAGCAUUCCACUGGAAAUAAGCAGUACUCAAAAUUCAAUGCAACUCUCCUUUUUAUUAUUUGUAUUGUUCAUUUUUGCUUGUGUGGUGAGAGAAUUUUCUGUCUUGGCAUGGAUCAUGCUGGAAAAAAAAAACAAACAAAAAAAAACAAAAACCCAACAACCUGAAGUGCAUUAACGUAUGGUAUCUCUGAGCAGAGAGAUGCUGAACUACCUAUGAUGAUUUGAGACUACCGUGUCACACGGCGUGUUGCGGUGCUGAGAAGGAUUUCUGACUGGUUCGACGAAAGCUCUUACUGGUUUGACAAAAAGUUUCUGCUCCUGGAAAUCGAGAGGAAAUCCCAAACGCUAGAUUUUUUUUUUUUUUUUUUUUUUUUUUAGAAUCCUCUUACAUGGUUGAUUACAUCCAAGAUACAUGAUAGAUACACAGAAUACAUGAUGCAGCUCUGUAUUCAGUUUUCUCAGCGUCCAUUACUUCAAUUUUAAGAACUCUUUUCUUCAAUACUAGUGUUUGGGACAGAGCUGUAAGCAAAACUUUGGACACGUCUCAGUAAUUAGAGCAAGGUGUGUUUAAUAAUAAUAAUAAUUAUUAUUAUUUUUUUAUAUAAAAAUAAGUUUAGAAAAAGGAGGAAUUAAUAAAAAAAUAAAAGAAUAGGACCGAACCAGACAAGGAUUUAUGUAUUUUCUAUUGUAACUUUUUUCUUAAGUAAAAAAUAGCAGAUAAAUUAUGACAGAAAAUAAAACCUAAAAGAAAAGGUGUAUUUUCAGCUUCAUAGUAAACUUACAAACUUAUCGGAAAGAGUUCCAGAGUUUAGGAACGCUAAAAGGAGCCUUAAUUUUUAAUUUUAUUUAUUUUUAAAAAAUUUUUAUUAUUAUUAUUAUUGGUUUUUGUUAAUUAGACAGGAAGUCGUCCUGCAUUUGACGAUUUUCGACAUUGAUCUCUGUGGCUCAUAUCUAGAUGGGCAUUCUGUUAUAAUAGAAACCAAAUUAUUUAUAGCUUUAAAACAAAUGAAAGAAGUUUAAGAUCUGUUCUGUAUAACAUGAAGCAUUGUCUUAAGCGCGUUGUUGUGAUUCAAGUGAGAGAAAACAACAACAAAAUAGCUCUCCUAACAUUUCAUAAUUGGGUGUCUAUUAGCUUCUCCCUCUUUGCACUAUACCUAUUUCAGUUUUGUCCUCAUUCAUUUUUUUAACCAAUGAAAUGCAUAAAGAAGUGCCUGACAACAAUCAAUAAUUUCCCAAGUCUAUAAUAAUAUUCAUUAAUAUGCAAAGAUCCUGGUGACUGUUUUUUGUUGUUGUUGCUUUUUUUUUUUUUUUUUUUUUUUUAAACAUAAAGCAGUUAGCAGAUUUGCUACAUGAUUGAUAUUACUUUUCAUACAAAGGCUGACUCAUUAACUGACAAUAAUAAUAAUAAUAAUAAUAAUAAUAAUAACAUAUACAUUCAUAUUCAUAUACAUGCUGACAGCCCGGGGUUUGCUGCACAAAACUGAUGACAACAUUGCUAACUAUUUAAUUAUAAUGUGUAUCUGCAGUUUGAUUAUUUGCGAGCGUAUAUUUACACUCUUAGGGUGUACAGAUUAUUAAAGCACACACUGUUAUGUAUAUUAAUGAGCAAAGGGAGUAAUUUGAGGAAUCCCUGUGUGGAAGUCAGUUAAUCUUAAAGGAGAUCAAUGUUUGAUUUGCACUUUUUGUAGGUCAUUCACGUGAAACAGCGUAAACGAAUGCAGAAAGGGUUACAGUUUCCUGCAUUAUAAAACCUCAUUCUGAAGUUUAUUUAUGAGAUGUGUGUGUGUGUGUGUGUGUGUGUGUGUGUGUUUCUGACUGAGAUACAAUGUAAAAUUAUUCUCAUAACUGAUUAUUGGUAGACUGACUUAUACAUUAAAACUUGUUCUGAAAUAAACAGUGCCUUUCUUGCACCAUUAAAGAGUU